AACAUCGAAAUCCGAUGAAAUUUCGAAGGAACUGCAUUAAGUUCAAUGCAAAUGUAAAAAACUGGCUCAUACCUUGACGGGGUAUUCGACACGGACAAACACAAGCAAACAAAAAAGUGCAUAAAUACGCGUAUUUAACAAAGACCCUGCAAAAACAAAGUGAUUCAAACAGAGUUCAUUGCUCGCAAGAGAACCUCAAAAGAGACAGAGAGAGACACAGUGAAACGACCUCGCACAACGCGCGCCAAUAGCGGAAAAGAGAUAGACGGAGACUACGACUACAACCCCCCCUUAGAAGGCUCAAGGAAAACCUUUUAGACACCUUUCCAUUAUGGAUGUUUGGGGCUUUUGUGUCAGCGACUCGACCAUGUCGUAUGGCGGGUCCAUGCGCAGCGGCUAUUACCGCGACUACGAGCAGUUCCCGUAUGGCACACUGGAGUCGUCCAGCGCAGCAUCCUCAUGUGCCGUCAAGGAUUCCUACAGUCGCGUCCAAGAGAAAUUCAAGCAAACUAAAUCAGAGAAACAGCUGCGCAAGGACUGUCCCUUCUGCAAGGAGCACAAGAAGCGGCCACUCAUCAAUUACAUGCGUAAGCGGCAGCAGAGAAAGCACAAUGACAGCAUCUGUGAGGACGAGGAGGAGAUGCACGAGCACGAGGAUGAGGGGGUACACCAGCAGCAGCAGACCCCAACGCUGGCGUCAGUCCUGCCCACGCAGCAGAGCUGCAAGGUGUGAGAGACACAAAGGGAGGGAGAGAGCGAGCGAGACAACUACACAGUACAGACAGAAACGACAGAAAAAGCCAAACAAAUACAACAACUGCAAUACGCAAUGCCAUAUUUAACUGUAAAAAGGAAAAGCAAAAGCAAACACAAAAGAAAUGGCGGCUGGGCAAGCGACGAGCGAGCAAGCGAGACAACUAUAAUAAUCAAAAUGCAACUGUACCCUUCCCACAGUGGCACUCCAGCAUUUCCGCGUCUAGUGACGAUGACCGACACACACAAAUACACUACCAUUUACAAAUGAAAACAAGCCCGAAAAAACUUGAUACCAAUUUACAAGACCGUUUACUCUUAUUAUUAUGUCCCCAUACUCUUUUUCUUAUAUAACAUUUUUUUUACAAAACUAAAAAAAAACAAGGAAAAACAACCAAGAACCUGCCUGGCCCCUCCGCUUUGACCUUAUGCAAAACGAGAAAAAAAACGUGUGAAAAAAAUACAAUACACAUUACAUAACAAGGGAAGCAAAAAAGAUGUUACCAGAAAACCAGAAAAAUAAUUUUCUAUUUUGCGUACACGAGACUGAAGUAGAAAAUGUUUAAGCAACAGAUAAUGUUUGUCUUUAGUUUUUGCUAUAUUUUCCCCAAUUGGAUCAGUUACAGGAAUAACCUACGCGUAUAGCUAUAUAUUUAGAAAUCCAACAAACAAAAAAUCGGAAGAAGAAGAAAUGCUUCAUUGGCGCCAUUUAUACGAGUAUAUAUGCUUUGGACCCCCGACUUUUUAUUAUAUCCUUGUCUAUAUUAGACAUUCCUAUGUAUUUAUUGUAAAAAAAUCAAACCAAACUGAUCAUUGCACAGUUUUUGGGUCAAAAUAUAUUAUAUAUUAGUGUUGAAAA